GACAAGGUAGAGAAGGAGCUGAGUGAGAGCGCGGAGCGAGCGGCGGGCGGAAGGGAGCUGGAUACCCUGGACAGCGCAUUGCUUCUCUCGCCCGCCACAGCGCCCGCCUGGCCACCGCACCCCUCCCGUCCGCAGCAUGGAGCAGCUGAAGGCUUUGGACUGGGAAAUAAACAAAUUUGUGGAUUAUAUGUUUGGGCCUCGAGAUUCCAGGGUCAGAGGAUGGUUCCUGUUGGAUUCUUACCUACCCACAUUUUUCCUUACUGUAGUAUAUCUACUUUCCAUAUGGCUGGGUACCAAGUUUAUGAAGAACAGGCCUGCAUUUUCUCUCAGGGGUCAUCUUAUUAUGUAUAACCUUGGAGUUACAGUGCUUUCCUUGUACAUGCUCAUAGAGCUUAUGCUGUCCAGUUGGGAAGGAGGCUAUAACUUACAGUGUCAGAACCUUGUCAGCGCAGGAGAAGCUGAUAUCCGGGUGGCCAAGGUGUUGUGGUGGUAUUAUUUUUCCAAAGUAAUUGAAUUCAUGGACACUAUUUUCUUUGUACUGAGGAAGAAAAACAGUCAAAUUACUUUCCUUCAUGUAUACCACCAUGCCACUAUGUUUAACAUCUGGUGGUGUGUUCUGAACUGGAUCCCUUGUGGACAAAGUUUCUUUGGACCCACUUUGAAUAGUUUUAUCCAUGUUCUCAUGUACUCCUACUAUGGAUUUUCUGUCAUUCCUUCCAUGCGCAAGUAUCUGUGGUGGAAGAAAUACCUCACUCAGGCACAACUGAUUCAGUUUCUGCUCACCAUUAUCCACACUCUUAGUGCUGCUGUGAAGCCAUGUGGAUUUCCAUUUGGUUGCCUCAUGUUCCAGUUUUCAUACAUGGCCACACUGGUUAUUCUGUUUAUAAACUUUUAUAUUAAGACAUACCAGAAAAUGCCUUCAAGAACCGAUAUGAAGAAGGUCCCUCCUGUGACAGAAAUCAGGAAUGGUUUCCAUAAAGACUACUUCACUGCAGCCAAUGGGGUUCUGAACAAUAAGAAAGCACAAUAAGUACAGUAACUCAAUACUACAUUGUAGUAUUUUUCCACUUUUUCUAAAUUAAAAAAAAGACAGUUACAAGACACAGUUUUAGUGUAAACUCGGACUCAGUUUGGUUACAUUUAUCAGGUCUUUGUACCAGACAUUUAUUAAUGUAUUGCUAUUUAGAUUUUAACAGUGUGUAGCUUUAAGUGCUUUGUCCAAGAUCACCAUCAAAAUGAGAACGGCCAUGUGAGGCAUCAUCCCCUUCCCACAUGUAAAAAAGGUACAUUCGUCAAUCUCUAAUGUUGACACAAUGCCUUACAAAAACAUUUCACUGGGAAACCCAAAGAGUGGUCACAUUUUCAUGGUAGCCUUCAAAAGGUAGGGUUUUAUUCAGACUAAAAGGUUUGGGCACAUCCUAUGUACAUGGAGGGUCUCCAGAAUACCUGUGUCAUGCUCUGCUGACUUAAGCUGAAAGGCAGUGAGUGGUCAACCUGUUUUGACUAAUUUAGUCAAGACCACUUAUGGAAAUCAACAGGAUAGAUAAUUCAUACCAGUGCUUGACUCCAUUAGCACCCCUGUUCUGCCCCUUCACAGCCUCUCUCAAAACACACUCCAUCGUGUGUCAGUCCCGAGGACAUCAAACCUCCCUCCAUCAUCAUAGAAAUUUUUAUUUCAGGAAAAUAAUGCAACUAAUGGAACAAUAAUUAGUGUCAGUCCCUGUGCCCCACAUUUACAAUUUCAGCAUGCACAGAAAUAUGCACCACACAUUUGCUUUAUGCACAUAGGGCCUAGUCCAAAAAA